AUGACUCGGAUAGAGCGAAACUUGCCCGAUGUAUAUAACGAACCUCAUUUAUUUGACCCGCCGAGCAAUGCAUACGACAAUAAUCAAGACGACGAAGCAAGAGCACCAAUGCUGCCUUCAGUAGCAGCUAACACACUUGCAAACUCUGACAAUAACGAAUCUUACAUCCGUGGACCUACUAAUACUCUCAAAAUUAUAUUCUUGACGCUCUGUUUGGCAGGGCUUCAGUUUACAUGGACAGUAGAGAUGGCUUAUGGUACACCAUACUUGCUCUCGCUGGGCUUAUCGAAAUCAUAUAUGUCACUGGUGUGGAUUGCUGGACCAUUAUCAGGUCUCAUCAUGCAACCCAUAGUCGGGGUUAUCUCUGAUGGCUGUAGAUCAAAAUGGGGACGACGAAGGCCAUUCUUGGUUGGAGGCAGCAUCAUUGUGGUGUUGAGUUUGUUGGCAAUCGGAUGGACUCGAGAGCUUACACGGCUUUUGACUAAUUCAGAGGAGGGAGACACGUUCAAGACGGUGUCGAUUAUCAUUGCCAUUGCGUCAAUCUACGCUUUGGAUUUCAGUGUGAAUUGUGUUCAAGCAUCUUGUAGAGCAUUAAUUGUCGAUUCGUUACCAUCGUCGCAACAAGAGGAUGGCACUGCGUGGGCAGGAAGAAUGGUUGGGUUAGGGAACGUAGCUGGCUAUUUUAUGGGAUAUGCCGACCUGGUUCGAGUGUUUCCUUUCUUUGGAAAUACCCAGUUGAAAGUGCUCUGCGUCUUUGCUACCAUUGUACUUUUGGGCUGUGAUUUCAUCACAUGUUAUGCAGUGAAAGAGAAAGUGUUCAAUGUUGAUUAUACCAACGGAUCUAGAAAGAAGAGAUCUCCUUUUGCACUAUUUUCAGACAUUUUUCGAAACAUUUGGCAUCUCCCCAAGCCAAUUCAGCGCAUUUGUAACGUGCAAUUCUUUGCUUGGAUAGGGUGGUUUCCAUUUCUUUUCUAUUCCACCACCUGGGUCGCAGAAAUCUACAACAACUCGUCAUUAGGCGACGACACUGUACAGGAUAAAGUGGGUCAAGCCACACGAGCUGGGUCGUUUGCAUUCCUAGUGUACUCUUUGGUGUCCUUGUCCUCUUCAUUUGUGAUACCAUUGUUUGUAUCGCCAUCCUCAACGAAAUACGAACAGGAGAAUAGUAUUUACACCUUUCGGCUGUUCGGGAAAAGAGAGUUCAAGUUGUCUUGUCUCUCUUACCUGAAACUCUCGUUCUUGACACUUCCGCGUGCAUGGACAUUGAGCCAUUUCAUAUUCUGCAUAUGUAUGUUGUCCACCAUUUUCGUCUCUGAUGUUACAGCAGCGGCAAUCGUCAUUGGAUUUUGUGGCCUCAGUUGGGCUAUUUCCAUGUGGGCACCCUUCUCCUUGCUUGGAGAAUACAUCUCGGAACAAGAAGCGAAUUUGGGUAGCAAUGGAGAGCAGCCCAAUGGCUUUCAUUAUCACCCGGAGAUGAUGGCGUCGAGAACUAGUAUAGGCGGCGUUGGCAUCAUUGGCACAGAACCAGCUAUAUACCACCCCGUGUCUACUGAGGAGGAAGAUAUUGAGAUGCUGGGUAUCAAGCAGCCAGAUCAACAAGAACAUGCUCAGACAAAUGGAGAGACAAGCGAAGCUCCAAGUAUACCAAGCCAGUCUGACAACAACCCACCUGCUGCUGGUGUGCUCUUGGGGAUUCACAACAUGUACAUUGUUCUCCCUCAGUUUCUGGUGACAUUUCUUAGUAGUAUUGUAUUUCGCAUUCUAGAAAGUAGUGAAGGGUCCACUGAUACCAUUGGCAUUAUAUUACGAGUUGGUGCUGUGAUGGCUGGUGUAGCUGGUUUCAUCAGUUUGAAGAUUGGAAACGAGUGCUAG